AUGGGCAGCACCAUGGAGCCCCCCGGGGGUGCAUACCUACACCUGGGCGCUGUGACGUCCCCCGUGGGCACAGCCCGCGUGCUGCAGCUGGCCUUCGGCUGCACCACCUUCAGCCUGGUGGCGCACAGGGGAGGCUUCUCGGGCGUGCAGGGCACCUUCUGCAUGGCUGCCUGGGGCUUCUGCUUCGCCCUCUCUGUGCUGGUGGUGGCCUGCGAGUUCACACGGCUCCACGGCUGCCUGCGGCUCUCCUGGGGCAACUUCACGGCGGCCUUCGCCAUGCUGGCCACCCUGCUGAGUGCCACGGCCGCGGUCGUGUACCCGCUGUACUUCACACGGUGGCAGUGCCCGCCUGAGCCCGCCGGCUGUGCCGCCAGGGACUUCCGCCUGGCGGCCAGCGUCUUCGCUGGACUCCUCUUCCUGGCCUAUGCUACGGAGGUGGCCCUGACGCGGGCCCGGCCCGGCCAGGUGGCCAGCUACAUGGCCACAGUGUCAGGGCUGCUCAAGAUUGUCCAGGCCUUCGUGGCCUGCAUCAUUUUUGGGGCACUGGUUCACGACAGCCGCUACGGACGCUAUGCGGCCACCCAGUGGUGUGUGGCCGUCUACAGCCUGUGCUUCCUGGCCACGGUGGCCGUGGUGGCCCUGAGCGUGAUGGGCCACACGGGGGGCCUGGGCUUCCCCUUUGACCGCCUGGUGGUGGUGUACACCUUCCUGGCCGUGCUGCUGUACCUCAGUGCCGCCGUGAUCUGGCCCGUCUUCUGUUUCGACCCCAAGUACGGUGAGCCCGGCCGGCCGCCCGACUGCCCGCGCGGCAGAUGCCCCUGGGACAGCCAGCUGGUGGUGGCCGUCUUCACCUACGUCAACCUGCUGCUCUACGUCGCAGACCUGGCCUACUCCCAGAGGAUCCGCUUUGUGCCCACCCUGUAGCCCGGCGGCAGCAGCCCACCCGCCUGCACUCUCUGCCGGGGGCACCAGGUACUGUGAGGCUGAGCCAGGUGAAUGGAGACCUCAGGGAGAAAGCAGGAGGGCAGCUGGGGGCGCAGGGCAGACGCGGUGCCGCAAUGGGACGUGCUGGCUGCUGCACUUGUGGCAGAGGCAGGGCAGAGGGGCGGAGCCUCCCCUCUCGCAGCCCAAGGCUCCCAUCUCUUUCCCCCUCUGGCCAUCUCCCAGCCCUCCCUGGGCUCAGCGCAGGUCGCUGUACCACAUGGGAAAUCUUAAGUGUUGUCACUACCCAUUUUGCAGUUGGAAACCCUGAGGCUAGUAAGAGGCUCUCAGUACAUCUGUCAGUAUCUGGGGACCACGCACAGGCUGGGCAAUACAAGUUGAAAAAGAAAUGACUUCCAGACUUGCAGGAAAGGGCUGGAAAUGGACCCAGGAGAGCACCAGAGCCAAGUCAGCUGAGGGAGGGGUGUGAAGGGGCAGCUCCGGAACGCUGGGAGGAGAGCCCUGUCUGCAGGCUGUCAGCUGGCACAGCAGCCGUGAAAUCUGGACUGACCUCACCCCCUCUGGGGAGCCUCCCAGUGGCCACAGCGUUGGAAGCAGAGGAGGACUGUGCUGUGUCUCACAGGGCUGCCUCCUGGGGGACCCUUGGGCUGUAGGUGGCACAGGUAGCCUGGAAGGCCCCACAGAGGCCAGCAGCACCACUAGGACCAUGGCGUGCCGGGGAGGAGCUCGUUCCAACCCAGUCACAGGGCUGCCACCUGGACGCCCACCCUCGGCUGUGACAUAGCAGCUUUGGCUGCAGCCUGGUCCAGGCAAGAGCCUGGCGUGGGGCAGCCUCUGGGUCAAAGCUGGGGCACUGCACACCUCCGUGCAGGUGUCCUGCUGCCCAGCCACCAGGGCCAGCAUCCCCUGCGCUCCAGCCAGCUCCUCCUGCAUGAGAACCUGGACUGGACCAACCUAGACCAAGCCCACCAGCCACCCCGAGCCCAGCCUGGGGGCAGCAGCACAGCUGCCCCUCAGGCCAUUGACUGGGCCCAGGUUGUGGAGCAGGAAAUAAAUGUCAGUGUG